AUCUUACCUUAUUUCAUUUCGUUAUCAAACACUUUGACACUUUUGACAGAAUUGGCAUUAUUCCCUUCGCCUGUCCAAUGAACGAAUCCAGCAAAAAAAAACAAUAACAAAUUUGAUGAAUUUUCAUUAUUUUUCAUUUGUUUCUUCGUAUAUUUUCUGACAAAAAGUUGUUUAAAAAAGUCUCAAAGUGUAGUUUUUAUCCUUAUUUGUAUUUAAUGGAAUAACACAUGUUGAAAUAAUUUUCGAACAGUUGAUAUAACGUCUGACAAUUUGGGUCAUACCUAUUAUAAUUUAUAAUCGAAACAGAGGAACCUUCAACCUUCUUCGCACCUGUUACGGUUACUAAUUUAAUGUAAAAUACAACUUAAACAUUAAUCACAAUGGAGGAUGGAAACUCCAUCAUAUACGGACUUGAGCAUCAGACUAGAUCGUUAUCACCACAAUAUGCUGAAAGUGAGGCAAUAAGGUUCUUGAUUGGCACACAGAGCCUCAAACCGAACUCGAACCAAGUACAUGUUGUUGAGUUAGAGGAAGAUACUGGAGCCUUGCAUACUAAGGUCUUCAAACAUGACAUCGGAGAGAUAUGGCACCUUCGUUGUUCACCACAUGAUGCUGCUAAUCUCGUCACAACUCAUAACACCUAUGACCCUAAUACCUUGCAGUGCACUAUGGGGGUAUCUAUCUUCAAGCUUCCUACAUUACAAGUCAUUCCCAAGGAUCUGGACGAAUUAAGCUCAUUACAAGGACGUAAUGCUGAAGACUUGGAAUUACUAGUAACCAUUAAACCAGAGAAGGCCGAAGAGGAGAUCCGUUGCGCUGAGUGGCAUCCUACGGACGCGGGGCGCUUGGGUGUCGUAUACGAGUCCAGCGUGAGGGUACACGACGUGAGCUCUGGAGCUGCGGUGUGCAGCAUGAAAUCUGACGGUCGGACCAGGCUCAAGCUCACCGCCGGCAAGUGGAACCCGCAUCAAGGUCACACUCAGUUUGCUGUUCUGCAAGAUAUGCACAUAAAAUGCUUCGACACGCGCACUGACUGCUCGAAACCAUCUUGGAGCAUAGACAACGCGCAUAGACAAUUAGUUCGGGAUCUAGACUUCAAUCCGAAUCGCCAGUUCCACCUGGCCAGCGCGGGUGAUGACGCAGCGCUGAACAUAUGGGACUAUAGGAACGGGAAAGAGCCUAUAUUCAACAGAACCGAUCACUCUCACUGGGUGUGGACGGUAAGAUACAACAGCUACCACGAACAGUUACUGUUGACUGGCAGCUCGGAUGGUCGGGGCUUGUUGUACGCGGCCGCUAGCAUCUGCCGCGACCCGGACGACGAUAGCGAAAAGACCGGGAAAAUUUUAGAGGACGGCGUGCUGCAGUCCUACGAGCAGCACGAAGACUCCGUGUACUGUAGUGAGUGGAGCACCGUGGAGCCCUGGACCUUCGCCUCUCUCAGCUACGAUGCGAGGCUGGUCAUCUCGCGAGUCCCUCGACCGUUCAAAUACAAACUUCUACUGUGAACUUUGAAAUUACUCAAUUAAGACACCUUCAAGGCCAAGAUAGAUGGUAUAUUCAAUUCAUAAUAUAAUUUAUUAGAAGACAGUUUGAAAAUGAGACAGACUAACGAAAUUUUAGUAAAUAUAUGAAACUUCAAAUAAAAUCAAUGUUAAAAAAAUGUCUUCGUUUUUAAGUAUGGCAAUUGGAUUCUUGUGACGCCAUUGUUGCAAAGUCAAGUGUAUUAAAAAAUACAAUUAUUAUUGUACAUAGUCUGAUAUAUGAAAAUAAUAUGGAGCGAAUCGAAAUGUAGUUAAUAAAUUUGAAAAUGGAAUCAAUUUCUAUGAAAUUAAAUGAAACAAAAUGAAAGUAAAAUGGUGGUUAUUACCCAAGUAAUUUUGAAAUCUACUUUUUGGAAGAACCCGAGAAGCUACGUCCAAUGGUUUUGUUUCAUUCUCCAAUAAUAUGCAAUACAGUUAAUAAACCACGGUUAUUACACAUUUAAAUCUGCAUAAAUACUAAGUAAAAUAAAAAAAGACAACCUCACGUCCGAUUAGUAGUCGCUAUUAUUAUUUCUAAUAUCAACACUAAAGAUUCUGGUGUCAUUCAGCUUAAUACGUAUGUUAAAUUUUAGUGAGAACCAAUGCUCCAAACACGACGAUGUCAAAAUGUUUUGCUCAAUUUUAUAUUUCACAUUGUUAGUUCACGGCAGUUGCAAUAGUAAAAUCUUAGAUUUUCGGGUUUAUUCAUUGACAUAAAUACAGAUUACAGCAUCCAAGCUAUUUAAGCUAUAUACUAUUAAUAUUAAGACUUGUAACAAGAUAAUGAAUAAAACGAUAUAAUAUGAUUAUUAAA